UCAUGUUUAUGCGUAGUCUGAAGGGCUAAAGCUCUGUUUCAGAAGGCGCAUUCCUCUAACUGCCUGCCCAUGUGCGCGAGUGUGCGUGUGUAAAGACCUGAAUAAGCUGCGACCACCUCCCCCCUUUCUCCCAGAUGUGAACAGAGGGAGAGAGAGAGAGAGAGAGAGACAGAAAAAAGGAGAGAAGGAGAGUAUUUUUCUUACUCUUAUCACCUCAACUCAGUCUGCACAUCUCUGUUUUGCGGGGGCUUAUUCUUCAUGGACACCUGCCAUGUCAUGUUAGAAUCUCCUUGUUAGCGUAUAGAGGAAGAGAGAGUCUUGCCUGAAACUGUCCCACACUUCUCAGCUUCGUCCAGUCAUGGGAAAAGGCUUUUACAUCAGCAAGAACCAAGCCAUAGCAGCAGCGUUGCUAGCUGCUGUAGCUGCAGUCACCAUUAUAGCAUUAUCUAUAGUUUACUCCAAAGAAAAGGCCAAAAGGGCACUUCCACUUAAUGAUGAGAAGGCAUCGCAUGUGACACCCACUGCACCACCAUCAAAUGAACCUUGGGACAAAUACAGACUUCCUGACACCUUAAAGCCACAAUCUUACAAUAUAACUCUGUGGCCUAGGCUAACUGAGGACGCCCAGGGCAUGUAUAUUUUCACAGGCAGUUCUGAAGUAGUUUUCACAUGUGAGAAAGAGACGGAUUUAAUCAUAAUUCACUGCCACAAGCUCAACUUGACUCUUUUCGAUGGACGCCAUGCAAAGCUAAAAGACCUGCAUGGCGCAGCAGCGCCAGCCAUAAAGAAAACUUGGUUCCAAGUGGAAACACAAUACUUGGUGGUUCAGCUGAAAGGGAGGCUAAAGCCAGGAAGAGCCUACCGUCUUUAUACAGAGUUCAAAGGAGAGCUGGCGGAUGACCUGGAGGGAUUCUACAGAAGCGAAUAUACAGAGGAUGGCGUAAAAAAGGUUGUUGCCAUCACUCAAAUGCAAGCCACUUAUGCCAGAAAAGCAUUUCCAUGCUUUGACGAACCAGCUAUGAAGGCCAUAUUUCACAUCACUCUCAUUCAUGAGCCAGGAACUAUUGCCCUCUCUAACAGUAGAGAGAUAGGUACAGAAAACCUUCAAAUUGAUGGAAUCAAGGUUAUUAGGACUAGAUUUGAACCCACAAAGAAGAUGUCUACGUAUCUUGUUGCAUUCAUUGUCUGUGACUUCACUUACAUCACCAAACAAAAAGACAACAAGGAUCUCAUGGUUCGUAUAUGGGCACGACAAAAAGCCAUUAAAGGAGGGCAAGGUGACUAUGCCCUCAGCAUCACCCAGCCGAUCCUGGAGUUCUUUGAAAAGUAUUACAACACUGCCUAUCCACUCUCCAAGUCAGACCAGAUUGCACUGCCUGACUUCAAUGCUGGAGCCAUGGAAAACUGGGGUCUCGUGACAUACAGGGAGACAGCUUUGCUAUACGACCCCCAAACCUCUGCAAAUGGCAAUAAACAGAGAAUUGUGACCGUGGUUUCUCAUGAGCUUGCUCAUAUGUGGUUUGGAAACCUGGUGACUCUGAAGUGGUGGAAUGAUCUCUGGUUGAACGAAGGAUUCGCCUCAUACGUGGAGUACCUGGGUGCAGACCAUGCAGAACCAACUUGGAACAUCAAAGACCAGAUCAUACUGUAUGAUAUUUAUCGUGCGUUUGCUGUAGAUAGCCUUGUCUCCUCUCAUCCACUAUCUUGCAAAGAGGAGGAGGUCAACAAGCCAGCGGAAAUCAGUCAAAUGUUCAACACCAUAUCUUACAGCAAGGGGGCUGCAGUGCUCAGGAUGCUCUCUGAAUUCCUGACUGAGCCAGUCUUUGCCAAGGGUCUUAAUACGUACCUGAAUCAGUUUGCUUUUGGGAACUCUGUGUAUUCAGACCUUUGGGAUCAUCUUCAGAAGGCAGUAGAUAAAACCCCACAGCUGAAGCUGCCACACAGCGUGCACGAUAUCAUGAAUCGUUGGAUUCUUCAGAUGGGCUUCCCAAUGGUCACCAUUGACACCCGGACAGGAAACGUGAGCCAGAAGCACUUCCUGCUGGAGCCAAACUCUGUGGUGGAAAAACCAUCUGAAUUCAAUUAUGAAUGGUUCAUACCAAUCAAAUGGAUGAAGAAACGUGGAGAACAAGAUCAACUCUGGCUUCUUCAGAAAUCAGCUGUCCACAAACCUAUGAAAGUCAGCAGAGGAGAAUGGGUUUUGGCCAAUGUAAAUGUUUCUGGAUACUACAGAGUCAACUAUGACCUUGAGAACUGGGAGCGGCUCCUCAGUCAACUGAAUUCCAACCACCAGAUAAUACCAGUGAUCAAUAGAGCACAAAUACUGGAUGAUGCCUUUAACCUAGCUAGGGCAUCCAUCAUUAACAUAACUCUUGCUCUGAGCACAACCAAAUAUCUCUCCCUGGAGAGAGAGUACAUUCCAUGGGAAGCAGCCCUCAGAAGUCUAAACUCAUUAUUCCUUGUGUUUGAUCGCAGUGACGUUUAUGGAGCAAUGCAGGCCUACCUCAGACAACAGGUUAAGCCUUUGUUUGAUCAUUUUACGAGUAUCACUGAAAACUGGACCACUGUGCCUCCAGACCACAACGAUCAAUUCACACAAAUCAUUGCGCUGUCACUAGCAUGCAAAACUGGUGUACAGGGAUGCCGUGAUCUCACCAAAGCCUGGUUUAGACAGUGGAUGCAGGAUCCUGAUGAUAACAAGAUUCAUCCCAACCUGAGGUCCACAGUGUACUGCUAUGCCAUAGCUGCAGGAGGAGUAGAGGAAUGGGACUUUGGCUGGCGGAUGUUUAAGAAGGCCACAGUAGCAGCUGAGGCAGUCAAACUGCGGUCAGCACUGGCCUGCACCAGAGAGCCCUGGUUACUUAACAGGUACCUUGACUACACUUUGGAUCCUGAAAAGAUUCGCAAGCAAGAUGCAACUUCCACGAUAGGAUCUAUUGCCAGCAACAUCGUUGGCCAACCUCUAGCAUGGAACUUUGUCAGAGCAAGAUGGGAAUACCUGUUCAAAACGUAUGGAACUGGAUCAUUUUCAUUCUCCAACUUAAUAAACGACAUUACGGCCAGAUUCUGCACCUCUUUUGAACUCAGUGAGUUAAAACAGUUCCAAAAGGACAACGCUGAUGUUGGGUUUGGCUCUGGGACGCAGGCUCUGAAGCAGGCUAUUGAGAAGACGACGGCCAAAAUGAAAUGGCUGGAGGACAAUAAGCAGCAGGUUCUGCAGUGGUUCAUCUCACAGUCAGCAUGAAUAGUACAGCACAUCUGAAGCUACACCGGAAAAAAAAUAAUGCAUUGAAUUCACUUGAUUCAAUGCGUCCAUUGUUUUUACAUGAAUAAAAUAGCUACAGUACUGUGCAAAAAGAGACCACUCUUACCAAUAAUUUCCAGUCUAAAUGUCCAUUUAGCUUGUUUCAAGCACAUUUCUUAAAACAAGCAAAAUUAUCUACUAAUAUAGUGAGAUAAUUUUACUUAACAAAAUUACUUAAAACAGGUUAAAAAUGUUUGGAAAUAAGUUGAAUAAUCAUAAAAUAUGCUUACCACAAUCUUAACAGGAGAAAUAUUGGACAUGUUGACUAGAUUUAAGAUAAUUUUACUUGACAAGAUACGAUUUUUUGCAGUGUACUGAAUGUGUUUGGAAAUGAUCUGGAUCGUGAGAAAUGGAAAAUGCAACUUCUAAGACCAAAAAUGAGAAAUAUUUAGACACAACAGUUCGCAUCAAAACUGAACACACCAUGCAGAAUAUCUACGUAAAGAUUUUUCGCUUCUUACAAAACAGCCAAUGGGUGGCAUUGUACAGGAUGCUUUCCACACGAAAGGAGAAAUGAGAGUUUCACCACCUCAUUCAGGAACUGCUCGGAUUUCUGUCACUCAGUUUGAGCUGUUUAUGGAGAAGCAGCUCCAGCCGUGAUGACCACGAAACAAAGAGACAGAAUGUCUUCAAGGGCAAAUACACAAGGGCAAAAAGUUAUAGUUACUGUGACACUUUUGUCAUAUUAACUGUUGCCAUGGCACUGCCAGAAACAAUGGUAAUUGGUCAGAGAGUUCAUGUUCACAGUGAAAAUUAGCAUAAAUCAAACAGAGGGUGAAUAAAAUAAUGUUGUAUUUUCGCCCUUCGAAAAAUCAGGUUUGAUGUGCAAGAUACCGCCAGUUAUACGCAUACUCAAAUGAAUUUGUCAUUCGGAUAAAUCACACUUAGGACUGAACACUAUAACUGAACUUUGGAGGUGUGGAAAAUAUCCCUUUCUUUGGAAAACUGACAGCAAGUCUCCUGAAAAGAACAGAAGCUGUAAUAAAGGGAAAGGACACACUAAAUACUGAAAAUGUUGAUAUUAUAUUACUUGUUAAGGCUUCUGUGUAAUUUUCUGUUAAAUAUUUUUCUGUUCCUUCCUUUCACCUGACACUUCCUGAUUAACUUGUACUUAAUAGCCUUUUUACUGGAAAUUAAAUACAGCAAAUUUGAAGCUACACCAGCUCAAGGGUGGUCCCUGACUUUAUGUUGUAUUAUAUUACUGACUUUAUAUUAUUAUACACCGAUCAGGCAUAACAUCAUGACUACCUCCUGGUUUCUACGCUCAUUGUCCAUUUUAUCAGCACCACUUACUAUAUAG